UUCAUGGAGGAGUACUUGAAGGAACGAGAAGGAAAAAGUGUCCAUGAUUAUCACCAAGUAAAGAUGGGUAAAGUGACAAGGCCUAUAUGGGUUCGGGGACCAGUGAUAAUAGGUGCUGGUCCAUCUGGGCUAGCUGCUGCAGCAUGUCUUAAGCAGAAAGGCAUUCAAAGCCUAAUCCUUGAAAGGGAUAAAUGCUUAGCUUCAAUGUGGCAGCUCAAGACUUAUGACCGUUUACGCCUUCAUCUUCCAAAGCAAUUCUGCCAGCUCCCUCUAAUGCCUUUUCCCAAAAACUUCCCUUCCUAUCCAACCAAACAACAAUUUUUGGCAUACUUGAAGGCUUAUGCUGAUCAUUUUGAUAUAAAACCAGCUUUCAGGAAGACAGUGGUAAGUGCUGAUUUUGAUCAUGGAUGUGGGUAUUGGAGGGUCAGGACUCAAGGUCUUAAAAAGGAGGAGACAGAAUAUGUUUGUCAAUGGUUGAUAGUAGCUACUGGAGAGAAUGCUGAGAAGGUAGUGCCUCAAAUAGAAGGAAUGGAUGAGUUUGAAGGGCCUAUCUUACACACUAGCUCAUAUAAGAGCGGUAGUAUGUUUUGUGGCAAGAAUGUUUUGGUGGUUGGAUGUGGAAAUUCAGGCAUGGAGGUUUGUUUGGAUCUCUGCAACCAUAAUGCUCGCCCAUCCCUCGUGGUUAGAGAUACGGUGCAUAUCUUGCCUCAGCAUAUGUUUGGGAAAUCAACUUUUGGUUUAUCUAUGAGCUUACUAAGGUGGUUCCCUAUACGUCUCGUGGAUAAAUUUUUACUUGUGAUGUCACAUCUCAUGCUUGGGGACACAGCUCGAUUUGGACUUGAUCGUCCCAAAUUUGGCCCUCUAGAGCUCAAGAACUUGUACGGCAAGACACCAGUUUUGGAUGUUGGGACAGUUGCUCACAUUAAAAGUGGAAAAAUUAAGGUUUGCCGGGGAAUUAAACUACUAACAAAGCAUUCGGUGGAGUUCGUUGAUGGAAAUAUAGAGAAUUUUGAUGCCAUCAUAUUUGCAACUGGUUACAAAAGCAAUGUACCCUCUUGGUUAAAGGGCACCGACAUGUUUUGUGAGAAAGAUGGGUUGCCACGGAAACCAUUCCCAAAUGGAUGGAAAGGUGAAAACGGACUAUAUGCAGUGGGUUUCACUAAACGAGGCCUGCUUGGUGCAUCUAUUGAUGCAAAGAGGAUUGCAGAAGAUAUUCAACAUAGCUCGAAAGCUACUCAGACCACGCAUGUGUAG